AAAAAAUAAAAAUUAUACAAUGAAUUUUGUAUACUGAGGAAGUUCCGUAUGACAGUUUAAAUUUACGAUUAACUUUAGUAAAUUGACAAAUAGUCACGUGAUUUUUUCAAUCAAUUGUAGUUUCUUUAGGAGGUUAGUUGGGGGAAAAUGAUUAUUUCGUUAGUUGUAAAUAGUCCAUUGGUUUUUGUUAAGUUUUCUUAGAAUACAAUUAUGAAAUUAAUUGUAUAAAAUUGAUCUUCAAGAAAUUUCAUUUAACAUAAAAAUAUUAUAAAUUGUGUGAAACAUAUGGUGUGUAACCUAUACGUAUAUAUCGUAGUUUGAAGUGGAAAUUCGUUUGAAUAACAGCAAACUGACAGUAGCCACAUCAUCUGGCCUUGAUACAAAUACGCAAUCAGCUGUUAUUAUUGUCUACUUAUAUUUUUUGUGUUAAAGUAUAUAUAUUUUUACUGUUAUUUGCCAAUAAUAUUUUGACACAUCACCAAGUUGUUCAAAAAACGAUCAAGAAUUUUGAUAACCUAUAUUGAGCAGUUAUUAGUAUAUUUAUUUUAACUUAUACAAUUUUUUAUUCUUCCACGUGCAUUUAAAAUUAUUUUUAACGAGUAGCCGUAAUUCGAUAGUGUAAAUCAUAUUUUUGCCACAGUUAAUAUUGUACACACUUUGUUGUAACAAGUUUAUGGUGUCAGUGAUUUAAUUAUCAUGAAAGAAAUGCCACAAGAAACAAAAAGAUAGAGGAAGAAACGUUUUGGAUUGGUGUAUUUACAUUUUAUAUCAUAAUAUAUUUUUGUGUUGUGAUGUAAUAAUUAUUAAUCUGAUAGUAUCAAUCAUAAUAAUUGAUAAAAGACAAUGUAUACUAUUACAAGUACAAGAUCUUGACAUCAAAGCGACUAUAUUCUUUGAUAUAAAGAAAAAAUGGCUUGUGAUUCGUUGAUUUGGGGAUUACUUAUGUUUGGAUGCAGUAUACAAGCAUUGUUAGCUACAUCCGAAGAUAAUCCACUAGAAUAUAUGAGCAAGGAAGAACGGGAAUCAUUAAAGGAAGAGGCCAGGGAUAUGUUUUAUCAUGCUUAUAAUGCUUAUAUGGAUAAUGCAUAUCCUGCUGAUGAAUUAAUGCCACUAAGUUGUAAAGGAAGGUACAGAGGAUCAGAACCAAAUAGAGGUGACGUAGAUUCCACACUGGGAAACUUUUCACUUACAUUGGUCGAUACCUUAGAUACACUUGUGGUAUUAGGAGAUUUAGAGGAAUUUGAAAAUGCAGUUAAACUUGUUGCCAGAGAUGUCAGCUUCGAUACAGAUGUUAUUGUUUCCUUAUUUGAAACUAAUAUUAGGAUGCUUGGGGGUCUUUUAAGUGGCCAUAUAUUAGCAGAAUAUUUGCAACAAAGAGCUGAUAUAAUGCCAUGGUACAGAGGUGAACUUCUAAAUUUAGCGAAAGAUUUAGGGUACAGAUUUUUACCAGCAUUUAAUACUACUACAGGAAUACCAUAUGGCAGAAUAAACUUAAAAUAUGGCAUGAAAGGUGUACCUCUGGAAAUAUCGAGAGAAACAUGUACUGCCUGUGCAGGUAGCAUGAUUUUAGAAAUGGCAGCGUUAUCAAGAUUAACGGGAGAAUCAAUUUUCGAGGAAAAAGCACAAAAAGCAAUGGAUGUUUUAUGGAGAAUGCGCCAUCGUGGUACGGAUUUGAUGGGCUCUGUAUUAAAUGUACAUUCUGGUGAUUGGGUAAGGAGAGAUUCUGGAGUAGGAGCGGGUAUAGACUCUUAUUAUGAAUAUUGUCUCAAAGCAUAUAUUUUAUUAGGUGAUGAAAAAUAUCUUGGGCGAUUCAAUAAACAUUAUCAAGCCAUAAUGAAAUAUGUGAGUCACGGACCGAUGUUAUUAGAUGUCCACAUGCAUCGACCAAAUACAAAUUCCAAAAAUUUCAUGGAUGCUUUAUUAGCAUUUUGGCCUGGUUUACAGGUACUGAAAGGUGAUAUCAAACCUGCUGUUGAAACACAUGAAAUGUUAUACCAAGUUAUGCAGAGACAUAAUUUUAUACCAGAAGCAUUUACUACCGAUUUUCAGGUGCAUUGGGGACAUCAUCCAUUAAGGCCAGAAUUUUUAGAAUCAACAUAUUUCCUCUACCGUGCAACUGGUGACCAUUAUUAUUUAGGAGUUGGACGUAAGGUACUCAAAAGUCUACAAACUUAUGCCAGAGUACCAUGCGGUUAUGCAGCUGUAUCAGAUGUUAGAACUAAUAAGCAUGAUGAUACAAUGGAUAGUUUUGUAUUAUCGGAAACUUUCAAAUAUUUGUUUCUGUUAUUUACGGAGCCAGGCGAACUAGUUUUAGAUUUGGAUGAAUUUAUUUUCACAACCGAGGGACAUUUAUUGCCAUUAACACUUGCUUCUAUACGAACCAAUAUUUCUUUGCAAGACUUUGAGCGAGAUACGGUACACGUAGAUGAAAUGGAUCGCACUUGUCCUAAUAGUCUACAUUUAUUUCCUGCAUCAGUGCGACAACCUCUGAGAAAUAUGGUUGAAGAUAUAUGUCCAAGACGAGCAAUAAAAAGGAGAUUAAGCGCCUUACAAUUUCAGGCGAAUAAUUUGGAACAUUUAAAAUUGUUAAGUGAUAUGGGAAUAACAACAUUAACUUUAGCUGAUGGACGUGUUCAACUCUUAUAUACAUUUUCAAAUGCAAAAACACCACAAGAUUCGGAAGAAGGUCUAUUGUUUAUACAAGAAAUGGUUGAAAUAAGCAAAAUGCAAUCGCAACAAACUGAAACUAAACCACAGGCUGUUACGUUUGUAAAUCCAAGUGUAUAUCCUUCUCAGAAGGUUACGCUAUUAGCUGGCCCAGCACAUUUUGGAUUGAAAUUACAAGGAUUAAAUAAAAUAUCUGGGAAAGUUAUUUUUACUGAUCCAUCUUUUGCAUGUGAAGAUCUUCAUAAUCCAGAUAGUUUUGCAGGCAUGAUAGCAAUAAUGUUUCGGGGUAAUUGUAUGUUUAUAGAGAAGGCAAGGCGAAUACAGAAAGCUGGUGCUAUUGCAGGAAUAGUGUUAGAUAAUGUUGAUGGCUCUAGUGCUGCAACAUCACCCAUGUUUGCAAUGUCAGGAGAUGGAAAAGAAGUAGACGAUGUAACUAUUCCAGUUGUAUUUUUAUUUAGUACUGAAGCUUCUGAACUAUUGAAAGCAAUUGCUGCUGCAAAAGGAGACCUUACAGUUACAAUCGGGAAUUUCUUUUCAAAAGAUGAUGUACAGCUAAAAGCACCUACUGAUUUAUCAAUGUUUGAACGAUUAAAAGGAUCACUGAAAUCUUUCCUUGCUCGACAAAUGGGUAUUCCACAGACAUUUCCUAGCAGUGGGACAAAUGUGGAUAUAACUCCUGAAAUUAAGCAAGAAGAUGCAAAAGACGUAGUCGUUUCUCAUGAACUACGUGCAGAAAUAGUCGAUGAUAUACUUGGCGGGGAAGUAAGGAUAUCGUCUUCGUUCAUCUCUAUAAAUGCGGAAAAAUCGGAGGACGACACGUUGGUAGAAAAACAAUGGCGUCAAUUGAAGGAAGUGUUUGUCAAUCAAAUAUAUUUGAAUAGAAAACAAAAAGCAAGCUUACAAAUUAGAAGUUUUAUAUUAGAAAGUUAUUAUAAUUGGAUAGUAGAAGCACGGGGUGGAAAUAACAAUGCAUUAAAGGUACCUUUACGAGAGAAAGUUUUAUGGUUCUUAAAAGAACUGGCUAAAGUUUUUCCAAAUCCGUUCAUUAUGAAAAUGGACCAAUUAAUGGAGUAUAAUAAAGGAAAGUUGAUAAAACAGUACUUAUUAACAAAGAUAGAUGUUAUGGUCUUAAAUAUGAAAAUGGUUAAUGCAAUGCUAAAAGCAAUAAGAUUUGAGAGUUUAAAUAGUGAACAAAUGUUUGAAAUUUUUAAACUUAAUAUAGCACGAGCUGAAAAUGAUAAAUUGUUGAAACAAUUAAUACGAGUUAUUUUUUAUGUAGAAGAUGAAAGUACCACUAACCAUUUCAUUUUAUUAGAUCGCGUUAAUAAAGAAGUGCAUCAGGAAUAUUCUGAAAUAAUAAGUGCAGGACUAAUUAAAAAUUGGCAAAAACAUGUGAAUAGUAUCGAAAAAUUUGAUGCGUUAAAGAAAACAAAAGAGUAUGACUCUACAUUCGCAGAAUUUAUGACCGAUAGCAGUGAAAGUAGUAAAACAGAUAUUAAAUUAAAAGAUUCAUCUAGAAUACCUAAAAAGGAUGAAGAUAUAAAACUUGGAAAAUUCGAAGAUUUUGAAUACUUUAAAUUAACGGAAAUAGAAAAAGUUGUUAAAAAUUUGGAACAAAAUACUAUUCGAAAGUACCAAGAACAGAUCGAUAUUACAAGAGAUGCUGCAGAUAAUAUUAGUAAAGAAGCUGUUAAUUCGAAUAAAGUUAUUUUAAAUGUUUCCCUUCAAAGCCAAAGUAAAACUGACAAACUAAAAAAUAAAAUAAAAUAUCAAAUUGAGUUUAUUAAAAAUAAAAUUGAAGAUUUUACGAAAGAUAUGGAUUCUUUGACGGAUUUCACUAAAGUUACUAAUUCUUUAGAAAAUGUGCAGUUAAGUAAUGUAGAAUUUCAAGAACUGAUUAGUAAUAACAAUCCUAUUGAUAAACAAAUCAAUGAACCUUUACUAGAUGAUAGUGAUUUUCAAUCAAUAAGCGGACGUAUAAGUUCUUCAAAUGCUAAAGCGGCAGGAAUAAAUGAGAAAGAAGAACCGUCAGAAAAAAUUGAGAAAGAGUCAACCGAGUCGGAAUGUAGUAGUAAAAAUAAUCCAAAUAUUAAGCAUUCCGUUUAUCUCAAUGUAAAUACUAAUAAAAUCACAUCUUUCAAUUUACUUGAAGACUACAAAAAGAAAACGUGGACAUCAAAAAAAGAGGAAAACAAAGAUUCUAUUAAUACUCAACAAGAAAGAGAAACUUCUAAUAGAGAUUUAAAUUCUGUAGAAGAAAACAAAUUAGAAGGUAGACAAAAAUACUUAAUUGAAAUUGAAAGUAAAGAAAGUGAUGUACAGAAACAUGAGAGCAAACAUAUCGAUGAUGAAUUAUAAUAAAAGGUUUCAACUUUUAAGUGAAAUAUAAGUAUUUAAAUAAACUGAAUAGAUUGUCAAAUUCAACAAGCCUGGUUAUCCUAUUUACACUGCAUUUGAUAUUUUUGCACUCGACGCGAUUGUAUAUGCAGUGAGCUUUAAUGUUUUUAUAUACAUAAAAUCUGUUAAGAGAAAGAUUGUUUAAUAAAAACAGAAAGAUUACGAACGACCAGACUAUAACAGAAUAAAACUUUUAAGUCUGUUGAAGUGGUGCUUAUGAAAUAAUUAAUUUUCAUGAGUUAUUAGAAAUGAAUUAAUAAAAUAAAAAGAAAGCUGUAAAGCACAUUUAACAACCUGCGCAAGACAUUUAUCCUAACGAGGUUGUGAAUGAAUAUCCUGUUAAGGCUCUAAUGGAUGUAAAUUUUAUAUAUAUUACUUAAACAUAGUAUAUUUCUUGUGCACACUAGAGUACAAUGUUAGCAUAUUAUUUUCUGCUCAGGUUAAGGGUUACAUUCAUUUUUAUUCUGUAUUUCAGUUACAUGCUGUGAGUAAUAAUGUAAA